UUGCAGCAUUCAUUGUACAUGUAAUAGUAAAUUUUACAAAUAAUAUACAUAUGUAAUUCAAGCUAAAACAUCACGGUCAUUUAUUGCCAAAUAAAACAUUAUCGCAAAAAAAAUUUUGUUUCUUCAAAAAGUUGGACAUGAACUUUAUAUAAUUGUAGUUGUUUUUGAAAAGUGCAAGAGUCUUGUUGGUAUUUUACUAUGUCUAACCAGAAAGACAGUUUGUCACGCCCAGUUACGCCUGACCUUAGUCGUGAGGUUUUGUCGACAUUGGGAGUUUGAUCUCAACAACCCAAAAAUUUGUAGAACGUCUAACAAAUUUAGAAACAUUAGUAAAAAAUAUUCGAAGUUCGACUUCGUGCGAGUUUGAAGCGCCGGAGUUUUUGCCACUUAAAACCCACGAAGACAUCAUGAAGUAUGAUUCGGCUUCUGACGAAGAAAGACAGAAGAUGGUUAGUAUGUUCAGAAAUUUUUGUUAUUUACGUCAGACACACAGACACACACUCUCUCUCUCUCUCUCUCUCUCUCUCUCUCUCUCUCUCUCUCUCUCUCUCUCUCUCUGUAAGUACAUAAACAUAUUCAAUUUUUCGCUCCACUUUCGGAAUUAAAUUCUGCUGUAUUUUGCCUCCGGGCAUUUUCUGUUUCAGAAUCAUUACGUGCAUAAAAUCGUAAUCUACAAGCUGAAAUAUAAAUUUUAUAAAUUAUAUCUUGUGGAUUGUCGAAAAAUUAAUAUCAAAAUCUGUCAACUCUGAAGAGGUUAGGUUUCCAGUGUUGUGAAAUUGUGGGUGGAUAGCUUAAACAACGUCAAUUGAUGCUAACAAUCACUUGAUGCUUACACGAUAACAUCAUUUUGCUCACUACUGUGUUGGUAACUUACAAUCGAAAAGACUGUAAGAACCAACAGUGUAGUCAUCAGAAAAGUAAAGACAUAUAGUGUGUGUUAUUACAAUAGUAUUGAUGCUAAAAUUGAUACCUUAAAUUGAUUAUCUGUCCAGUAUCUGACCAGCAAUUUAUACUUGGCGUUAAAAUUCUCUAGACAUUUUACGGUUAUAUUGCGUUGUUAUUUGGUAUGCCAUUAGUGUCUGACAUAUGUUUUAAAUGCAAGAGACCUGUCAAGUCAUCUGUUGUCUGUAAUACUUGUCAACAACAUUUUCAUCCUGGUUGCGCUCGUGAUUAUAUAAAAAACAGGCCAUCAACUGAUUGCUGCAGGAAACAGCUAAACUAUCUCUUGGACAGUCUCAAUGCAAAAACAAGACUUGCUUCACUAAAAUCUACUAGCUCAAACACCUCCUCGGUCUCUAGUUUCAAAUCUGCGAACUCUUCUCCACUUGAGCGUACUUUCACAGUACGCGGGUCAACCUCGUCACUUAAGUCUCCAAGAACACCAAUUUCUCCGCUACGCCAAAGUACUGAUUCAGUUUUUUCAUCACCUGUCACUCCACCAACAAUGUCACACUUACCAGUAGAUUGGUCCAAAAAAUCACUUGAUGAAAAAAUGACUCUAUUAAUGGAGAAAUUUUGUCACUCAGAAAUUUCAACGAAUCAGAAACUUGAGGACUUAAGUGAAAAACUGCGUGUAGUCCAAGACUCGCAAAAUGCUACUACUGUCAACUUAGCAGAAUUAAAUACUAAUGUUAAAACAAAUGCUGAGUCAAUUUGUCAGAUUAGCUCUGAUCUCAAGGAAGUGAGAAAAACUAGGGAAGCUGACAUGGAUUUAGUCAAUGAAAGGCUGUGUAACUUGGAAAACUUUGCUCCUGUUCCAUCUACUUCUUCGCAAACUGCUGGUGGCACUACUGAAUUAGUUAUUUCAGGUAUUCCUGAAUCAGUGGUGAAAGGCUCAACACCAGAAGACAUUACAACUGCGGUUUUAAAUAGUCGAGAGUUGCCGAAGUUAGUGAAUAGUGUCUUGAGCUCUCGUAAAUUUCAAAAUAAGUACAGGCAACCGCAGAAUCAAGACAAACCUAUCACAAGCUCCUACAUUGUUUCUCUGAUAUCGACUCCAGUUCGUGACUUUAUCGUUGACAAGAAACGUAAAGCGGGAGGUCUUCUGGUGAAAAAAGUUUUUCCCACCUACGUUGAUGCGGCGUUCCAAGGAUCCAUCUACGUGAACGAAUUCUUGCUUCCAGAGACUCACCGACUGUUACUGAAAACUAAGGAGAAAGCGAAGAAUAAAAAAUACAAGUUUGCUUGGUCUAGAAAUGGAAAAAUUUAUAUGAAAAAAGAUGAAAACUCUGAAAGAUUUGUGAUUAAUUGUGAAGCUGAUCUUUCCAGGCUUGAUUGAUGUCCAACUGAUUCGACUAAUAUCUCUGUAAAUAAUAUUCCAUCGUCAUUAAAUGUAUUAAGUUUAAAUGUAAAUAGUGUUAUUGGUCACAUUGCUCAGUUCUUUGAAUUGAUUAAGAAUAUAAAGCCUGACAUUAUUAUCCUUGUGGAAACCUGGUUAAAACCUACAUUGAAUUAUGAUAUUUUAUCACUGAAUGAUUAUUUUAUAAUUCGUAGAGACCGAAUCCUGAAGCAUGUUGAUAUUGAUCGUUAUAUUCAAGGCGGUGGUGUGGCUUGUCUCAUAUAUAAAUCUCUAAAAGCUAAAGUACUACAUAUCUCAACUUCUGAUCAUUUAAAUCAACCGGAGUUUCUCAUUGUCGAUGUUACUUUAAUGACAGGAUCUCACCUUCUACUGUCUUGCAUCUACCGAAGACCAAAAGGACUCUUUCUCGAUGAAUUCUUUGAUAUUUAUUCUAGACUUGCUUCAAAUUAUAACAAUAUUAUUAUAGCUGGCGAUUUAAAUUGUAAUUUGUUAGAAGAUAGCUAUACUGCAAAUCAUCUAAAGAAUUUCAUUGCGGAGUCAUCAUUGUACUGUGUACCUUACGGUGCUACUUUUCACAAAAACAACUGUGAUUCUUGGUUGGAUGUUAUUUUACUAGACAAUGAAACUAAGUUAUCCUCGUUUAUGAAAUCUGAGUCUCCAUUUAUUGACGGCCAUGAUUACUUACUCUGCCAAUACAAGCUGGAUAAUUUAAGACCAUCACCGAAGUUAAUCGCCUACAGAAAUUUAAAACAUUGUGAUCAUCAAGCUUUAUCAACCUUACUUAUGAAUUCUUUAAAAAUCGAUCGCUCUAUCCUUGAAAGCUCUGAUCCAAAUGAGUUACUGAAUACCUUCAAAGCUGAGAUUCUACUUUCUUUGGAUUUAUAUGCACCAAUACUUACUAAAAGGGUUACUCGUCUGAAUAACCCUUGGUUUACUAAAGAGUUAAAAAUCAAGUGUCAGGAGCGUGAUAAAAUCUACAAAAAAGCUAGAAGAAACAAGGAUCCAAAUUUACUUACUCUUUUCAGAUUGAAAAGAAAAGAAUUGAAAACUCAGUUGAAUCAUGUUCGUGAAGAAUAUUUAAAAACUGCUCUCUCAAAUUUACCUCAUAAUUCAACUGUCUGGAGCAAACUUAAGCACCUUGGAUUAAUAAAAUCGAAUCCUUCAUCGCCACUAAAUUUCUUCGAUGCUUGUGAACUGAAUGAAUAUUAUGCUAAUAUAGUUAGAAAACAUCCGCCAUGUGACACAAAUUUCAUUGAUAUUUUACCAAUAAACCAUACAAAGGAAGUUGAAUGCUUAUUUCAUUGGACUAAGAUUGACAUAGUCGAUGUCACCAAAGCUUUGCACCUCACACUAUCCAAGUCAAAAGGAAAAAGCCCUGACGGUCUCGAUCUGAGAUGGUUGAGAGAUCAUAUUCCGCAAAUCUCACUUUUUAAAUGAUCUUGGAACUCCUAUUCAACUACUCAAAUCAUCAUCUGGUGUUCCUCAGGGAUCUGUUUUGGGUCCAAUCCUAUUUUUAAUAGUAAUGAAUUCUGUUGCUCAACGGUUAAUUUAUUGCAAGCACGGAUUGUUCGCCGACGAUAAAUAUAUACUCUUGCACUUCUUUUUAUAUCAGUUGAAUGAAGCUGUUUGGCAAGUCAAUGUUGAUGCACAAUCAGUUGCUGACUGGGCAAAAGAGCAUGGGUUGGAGAUAAACUUGUCUAAAACCAAAGUUAUGAUUUUGGGUUCAAAUAGUAAAUUGAAACAACUUGAGGACAUAGAUCUACCACCUGUAGUUGUAAAUGGUGUCAUAAUACCCUACGUUAACUCUACUAAGUGUUUGGGAAUCAAUAUAAGUAGAAACUUAUCUUGGAAUUAUCACGUUACUCAGACAGUCAGUAAAGUGAAUUCAGCUCUGCAUUGUCUUAAAAUACGGAAAAACAUCUUCUCAUUCCCAAUCAGAAAAUUAUUAGUAUCAGCAACCAUUUUACCGCUAAUUGAUUAUUGUACGGUUGUACUGAUAGAUUCAACAUCUGACAAUAACACAAAACUUCAGCGUGCAAUGAAUUCCUCAAUGCGAUUUAUCUUUAAUCUGAAGAAAGAUGAGCAUAUCACACCUUAUCGACGAGAACUUGGAUGGCUAUCUGUAAAGUAUCGUCGAAUGUACUAUAUGAGUUGUUAUUUUUAUAAAUUACUUCAAGUUGAGAAACCCAAGUAUCUGCGAGAGCUGUUCAUAGAAGACACUGAUGUCAGACGUUCCAGUAGGUUAGCAGCUAAAAAACGUUCCUUUUUCAAAUUACCUCAUUUUGCUACUACCUAUAUGGAGCAUUCAUUUAUAGUAUCUGUGAUUCGUCUGUGGGAAGAACUACCCGAUGAAAUUGUGAAUUCGAGUAGCAGUGAAGUGUUUAAAAAUAAAGUUUUUGAUUACUUACUGAAUUUGGACAAUUAAUAAAUAAAAUUUAUUUAUCAGAAAACUUUAUGUUAAUUUGAAAGCGUUAAUGUAACUAACUUAGUUUGAUGCUUAUAUUAGUAUCUAAGUUGUUAAUAUUUAGUUGAGAGCGUAAAUAUGGAGAUGUUAGUUGAAUCAGUUCUAAUUAUAGAAUCAGUUCUAAUUAUAGUCUCUUAAGAUUAUACCUUAUGCACUUAUUAUUAUUAUUAUUGUUAUUAUUAUAUGAAUUACUUGAACUUUUACGACAUGAAGAGCAAUGUGAAGGAUAACCUCCGAGACAUUGUAAGCCAGAACCGUUUAUUUACGGAUAACUUAUUGAGUAGUGUUAUUUGGAUUGGUAAGAAAGGACAGGUGACUGAAAAGUUACCUAUCAUGAGAAGAAGAAUCAGUCAUGAUUUGUCAAAGGUUCUUAAGCGUAUGUACCUGGAUAUGACGCAUGGUGAAUUUAAGCAUGCGUUCGCCAAGGCGGUGAAUGCUGCAAAUGCUCGUUUACGAGAGAAAGAAAAAAAUAAAAAAAAAACAACUAAUGGUUCCGGAUCGCGCAAAAGUGUAGACGAGGAGGAGAUGUUCGCAUCAGACUGGAUUGAAGGGAAAACUAUUGAAGACAAAGAAAAUAAAGAUA